AUGCUCUGGAUGAAUGAUGUGACACCCUCGCUGGUGUGCAUUAUCAUGGACUCAUACGAGAAUGAGUUCAAGAUGGAAUCGAAGGAGUCGGAGGUCCCGGAUGAGACCAAGGUAGUGGAGGAAGGGUGGGAGGAGAUGAAGGUAGGGGAGGAGGAUAAAAGUGAGGAUGAUGAGGAAGAUAAGGAGGUGGUAUGGGAAGUUGUUGACAAAGUCAUCGCGGUGGAAUAG